UUUGUUUUGAGUUUGCUUCAGCUCAAUUGAUUUCACUAGAUCUAGCAGAAAACGAAAGUAACAUCUUAUGUCCUCAAAGUCAUGCCGACAUAUGAGUUGUCAGUUAUUUUAAAGGCACUUCAAAGGCCUGAGCUUGCGCAAGUUAUAAAAAGAUGCUGUACAAACAUUCUUGGUCAAGGUGGAAUCAUUAGAGGAAUGGAGAACUUGGGUUUAAAACCAUUACCUUACAGAAUGAAAAACCAUGGAAGCAAGUUCACAGAAGGAAAUUAUAUUCUUAUUAAAUUUGAUGCGUCCACUAAAAUACAUGAGCCCUUGAUGGACAUUUUCUCAAGAGACACUGACGUCAUCCGAAAGAAUAUGUUUUCAGAAGAAGAAUUUGUUCGUCCAUGUUUGUCUGGACCUUGUGAAUUUGGUGAGAUUAAGAAUCCAGACCAUGAGAAAAGGUUAUGGUGGGCUAAAGUCAAGCGUCGAGGCAUGCGCUGGGAAAGAGACAGACAAAGGAAAAAAGCAUAGUUCAUUGUUCAAUAGUUAUUUUUUUCAUGCACACAACAGAUCAUCAAUGGAAAUAUUUUUAAUGUAAUAAAAUGUAAAUCUGACAUAUUUA